AUGCUCGGAUUUGUUGUUUAUUAUAUCAUUCCAACGGCACCGCCAUGGUACGUGGAAUUGUAUGGAUUUGAAUUCAAUAUCAAAGCACGUGGCAAUCCAGCAGGUUUCAUACAUUUCGAUGAAGUCACUGGUUUGAAAAUUUUUUCAUCAAUGUAUUCCAAGAAUGCCAAUGUAUUCGCUGCUAUUCCAUCUCUGCACGCUGCGUAUCCGUUAAUUACUGUACUCUAUGGUUCAUUGAGUAAAAAGCUCUGGUUACACAUUACAUUUGUUAUAUUUACCCUCUGUGUUUGGUUUUCGGCAGUUUAUUCUCGGCAUCAUUAUGUAUUAGAUGUCCUCGCUGGUGGAAUGUGUGCUAUGUCCGCGUUUGUACUCUAUCGUAUCCUAUCUCGUGUUCCAGCAGUAAAUCGAUUCUUAGCCGCGUACAAUAAAUUAAUCUAA